AUGUCUCGUUUGGGUCUGAAAACAUUUAUCAUAUUCAUCGUCGUUUGUUUCAUGUGUCUUGAACCUUGUGUACGUGCAAGAACUUUAAAUUCACAUGUCGUCACAGAAAUUGGUCCGCCCAUAAUCUACGGAGGCUAUAGAGAAGGACCUUCAAAUAGAGGACGGGGUCACGAUACACCGCCGACGACUCCACCAUUGACUGUAGUCUUCGGAGGCUAUAAAGAAGGACCUUCAGAUAGAGGACAGGGCCACGAUACACCGCCGACGACUCCACCAAUGAAGAUAGUCUACGGAGGCUAUAAAGAAGGACCUUCAGAUAGAGGACAGGGUCAUGAUACACCGCCGACAACUCCACCAAGUGAUGUUUAA